UUAUGAUAGCGAAAAUUUAGAAGUAUACCGAACCAUAGAGGCCGGCUGUUGUUGUGACUAACUAACCAUUCUGGGGAAUUCCUUUUUUCAUCUUUGGAUUAGGGUUUUUGUGGUUCCUUCAUUUCGAAACUUUCUUGGAUUCGCAUUCUCUCUCCCCUAAUCUCACUGUACAUGUUUCUUUGUCAUUCACAUUCCCCUUCUCAAUUCUUCAUUACCUCAUUUUCUUAGUUUUUCAAAUUCCAUUUUCAGCAAUGGGAAGCAAAGGCCGCAUGCCGCCGCCUCUGCACCUGCGGCGGUCAAUCCCGCCGGGUCCCGCCGUGAUGCCGCACCCACUUGUGGCGCCGUUCGAUCUACUCCCGCCGCCUCAGGUGAUGGAGCAGAAGCUAGCGUCGCAGCACGCGGAGAUGCAGCGCCUGGGGACGGAGAACCAGCGGCUCGCAGCGACGCACGGCGCGCUGCGGCAGGAGCUCGCGGCGGCACAGCACGAGCUGCAGAUGCUCCACGCCCACGUGGCGGGGUUGAAGGGGGAGCGGGAGCAGCAGGUGCGCGCGCAGUUGGAGAAGAUCUCGAAGAUGGAGAGCGAGGCGCAGAGCGGAGAGGGCGUGAAGAUGGAGCUGCAGCAGACUCGCGGGGAGGCGCAGAACCUUGUUUUGUCGAGGGAUGAACUUGUUUCAAAAGCGCAACAUUUGACUCAGGAACUGCAGAGGGUUCAUACUGAUGUUGUUCAGAUCCCCGCGCUUAUCUCUGAGCUUGAAUGCCUCAGACAGGAGUAUCAGCAUUGCAGGGCCACUUUUGACUACGAAAAAAAAUUAUACAAUGAUCACCUUGAGUCACUCCAGGUGAUGGAAAAGAACUAUGUUUCUAUGAGUAGGGAAGUGGAAAAACUUCGAGCCGAGCUUACAAAUACUGCGAAUGUGGAUCGGAGAAGUAGUGGGCCAUAUGGUGGAACCUCUGGAAGUAAUGAGAACGAGGCUUCCGGUCUUCCUGUGGGACAAAAUGAUUAUGAAGAUGAUUAUUCUGUUAUGCAGGGACGUGGUCCCCUCCCUGCAGCCAGUGGGGGUGGUGGCAGUGCUACUACACUUGCUUCUGCUGGAGCGCAACCUGGUCCAACUCCUGCAGCGACCGGUUAUGAUGCUCCCAGAGGACCUGGUUUUGGAGCAUCUGCAGAACCUAAUUAUGACGCACAAAGGGGUGUUACUUACGACACACAGAGGCUGACUGGAUACAAUGCCUUUAGAGGAGGAUCUGCUUAUGAUUCCAAUAGAGGAGCAAUUUUUGAUACUCAAAGAAGUUCCUAUGAUCCACAGAGAGGUUUGGGAUAUGAUAUGCAGAGAGGAGCUGAUUACGAUUCAUCGAGAGCAGGUGGCUAUGAUACACAAUCAAGAGGGGUUGGUGGUCCUCAUGGACAUGCUCCACCGGUGAACAAUAUGCCGUAUGGUUCCUCAACACCGCCGGCUCGUAGUGGAGGUGGAUAUGAAGCUACCCGAGGUGUAAACCCCGGUAGGAGGAGAUGAUGAUGACGACGAUGAUGGUGGUGACCUUGAGUCUGAAUGGUCAUGAACGUUUGGUUUUGUCCUAUCUUGUAAUGUGCAUAGUCCACGAGAGGGGGAAACAAAUGUUCGUCAUUAUUGGGAAGACAUUCUCAUCGCCUAUAAUUGCUAUACAUGAAAUUGAUAACACAAUACCAUAUCUAACUUUCUUGUCUAUAUAAUUUAUUUAGGAUUUGAGAUGGUUUAAUUUUA